GUCUUUAAAUGCGAUCUAUAUAUCGAUCUUAACGAACUUUUUGCAAAUCCAGACAUCAGACUUGAAGUUCAGGUCAUUCGAAUUUAUGGUGAUAUAAUUAAACUUUCAAGGGAUUUGCAAAUUCCAAAGAUGGUUGGUUGUAGUGCUAUACUGAUAGCCGCAAGACGAUUUGAAAUCGAACCAGGAUGUCAAAUUCUAGUUAAUUUCAAAGUAUCAUUUCGUAUUAUUAUAUAUGCUAUGGAGAUAUCUUCUGAACUUACAAUAAUAGCGAAAAGUCAAUUGGAAAAUAGUGAAGCCGAAUCUCUUAAACUUAAAAUCGAUACUACAAAUGAAAAAAUUGGUAAAUUGCUUUCUCUACAAAACGGAAAAGAUCCUGAAUAUAAUGAUAUAAGUACUUUUGACAAUCUGAUUUUUAAGAUAAAAGAAGAAUCAUUUCUUAAAAUGCUACGAUUCUCUUUGCAAAUUGCAUGUGCCUUGUUUUAUGAUGAACCAGAAAUUACGCAGUCAAUACUUUCUUGGAUCGUUAAAAUAACUAGCAUACAAUCUAGAGUAGAAAAUUUUCAAUCUGGAGUAGAAGAGUUAUAUCGUCAAGCAUUGCCAGUUCUUAUACAAUUUGAUGUCUUGAAUGAAAGAAAACAAAAUGAAAUAACGUUUAUCCCAUUACUUGAUAAAACACACUAUGAAAACUGUAUUGAAGAGUUUAUAAAAUCAGCACAUUUAUAUGAAAAUGAAUACAUGAAAAUUCUAGAUAAAAAAGAUAACAAUAAUCAGAAAGAAAUAGAAUUUGAAAUGUUGCUAAAAGAUUGUAAUGAUAUAACUAAAGUACAUGAGCAUUUAGAAGAUAAUGAACAUGGACGUCAUAAAUCAGCAUUUGAUUUAAUGACAAAAUUGGGGAAAGAGCUAAUGGUAAUGUUGGCGCAUUUAUUUAUAAAAAUCAGCAUGGUUCUGAUGAUUAGAAUUUCUAGCAGCAAUUAA